CACUAUAGACUAGAUCUAGUCUAUGAACUGUGUAGUCGGUCGACCAUGAUGGUGCUGAAAAAUUAAAAAUCUUUACACAUUGCAGUAAAAUAAUUUCAAAAUCUGACAGAAGUUGAACAAAUAAUUCACUAAUACAUCACGUUCCAUUUAAAAUUAUGGCUAAUACAGGAGAGGAUAACUCUUCUAGUGAAUCAACGGACAAGUUAAUACCAAGUGAUUCUAAUUCGAGUCAAAUCGAGACAAUUCCUGAUGAAAAUGUUGAUAUCAAUGAACAAAUUGACGAACAGCGCCGUCGAAUGCAACCAACAAAGAUGGAAUCAUUUUUUGCGAUAACAAAAUCUUUAAUAAUAAGAGCUUUAGUAGUUUAUUUUAUAACAUCAAUGUUCCGACAGCCUUCAACUCCAAAGGUUGAUAUAAAUAGUCCCCCUGGUGUAGUUCGCACUCCGGCGAUUAAUAUGUUUUCGAAUGGGACAUCGUUAGACAUGUACGCAUAUUUAUCAGAAAACGAAUUUCUCAAGAACUUCCAAGAUGCUGAAUUAAUUUGGAAAUUACCUGGUUUAAUAUAUGGAGAUUGGAACGGUGGGCCAAAUAGAGAUGGAACAUUUAUACACACAACUACAUUUGUACCCUCAGAGGCUUUGAAGAAUAAUGGUUCUAUUUAUCUUCAUGUAUAUGUUGUGCAGUCAGGAAAAUCUCCUGACCCAAGAGACAAGAGCAAUUACGCUGGCCCUUAUGUAUCAUAUGGUAAAAAAAUGGUAAAUAAGUACAAGAAGCUGAGGUAUCUGAAGACUCAUAAUCUACUAACGGGACAAACUGAAAAGUCUGAAGAGGAAAUCAUGAAAGCAGAAACGUUAAAAGAAGAAAUUGUUUCACACUGGCAUCCCAAUCUAACUAUUAACUUAGUGACUGAUCAAACUAAUUGGAUGCAGGGAAGUGUACCGCCGCCUCUUGAUGAAUUCAUCUACUUCCUGCCUGAUGGUAACCAAUACAAACCAGCAGUCUUUCUAAAUGACUAUUGGAACAUGAUGAGAGAUUAUGUUCCACUCAAUAAAACAACAAGUAACCUAAAGUUAGAAAUGACAUUUCAGCCAUUGAGUCUGUUCAAGUGGCAGCUAUACACUGCUCAGGCUAUGCGGGACAAAUUGAGCAUGUUUUCAGCUUUGGGUGGCGAGGAACAAGAUGAAGAGCAGGAUACUGUCAAGGAAUUGCUUUUAGAUACAUCGCCUUAUUUACUGGCGCUUACAAUAUCUGUCUCCAUACUACACUCAAUAUUUGAGCUGCUGGCAUUCAAAAAUGAUAUUCAGUUUUGGAACAACAGGCAGUCUCUGGAAGGCCUCUCCGUGAGAUCAGUAUUCUUCAAUGUUUUCCAAUCUACUGUUGUUCUACUUUAUGUUUUGGAUAAUGAAACAAAUGUCAUGGUUAGAAUAUCCUGCUUCAUUGGCUUGAUGAUUGAGAUUUGGAAGAUAAAUAAAGUGAUGGAUGUCAAAUUGAACAGAGAAGACAGAAUAUUUGGAAUUCCAAAGAUUACAUUUACUGACAAAGGGUCUUAUGUACAAUCUAGUACUAGGGAAUAUGAUACUUUGGCAUUCAGAUACCUCAGCUGGGCCUGUUUCCCACUUUUGAUUGGAUAUGGGGUAUACUCCUUGCUGUAUCAAGAGCACAAAGGAUGGUAUUCAUUCAUUCUUAACAUGAUGUACGGUUACCUUUUAACCUUUGGAUUUAUUAUGAUGACACCUCAACUAUUUAUUAAUUAUAAAUUGAAGUCAGUGGCACAUUUGCCAUGGCGCAUGAUGACGUACAAAUUCCUGAACACAUUUAUUGAUGAUAUCUUUGCAUUUGUUAUCAAAAUGCCAACCAUGUAUCGCAUCGGCUGUUUCAGAGAUGAUAUUGUAUUCUUCAUUUUCCUGUAUCAACGUUGGAUUUACAAGGUUGACCACAAACGUGUCAAUGAGUUUGGAUUCUCAGGAGAAAUGGAACAGCAGAAGUCUGAGAAUGGUAACCUCGCUAUCACCGAAGGGGAUCAAGGCACCUCAGAUAAGAAAAAUGAUUAAAUUUAGAUAAUUUUUAGCUAGUUAAAGUUAUGACAUCCAUAUAGUAUACACUAAAAUUAAUUUUGCUUGACAGAAUAAUAAAACAAAUUUUGAAGUCUAUUUAAACUAUGCUGAUAAGAAAAUGAUAUGCUAUUGUGAAUCAGUACAAAUAAUGAUAACAAAAUGUGUGUCUAUAAAUAUAAUCAUCUACAAAUAUUUAUACUAUCACUACUAUUAGUAGUUUUGUCUCAAAUUCAUCCUAAACAUUCAAAUGGUAAGUAAUUACGAUAAUAAUUAUGUAGUUAAUAUAAUUAUAAUAGCAAUAGGUUUAAAAAUUUUAAUCCAAGCGAUAGCGAGCAAAGGAAUCAUUUUCUUCUUUGAACUGCAAUGUGCUAGAAACCAAACAGACUAGUGAUGUGGUAUGUGUAUGUAAAACAGGAUAAUGAUCUACAGUACCUACAGUUUUUUACAUUCAACAAAAAUAGAAUGUAUUUUCUAUAAAAAUUUUUUUUUUGCUAUUUUGUGAGAAAUUCUGUUGAUUAUGUAUAACAGCUUGAUCAAUAUAUAACAUAGACAAUGUUAAUUCAACAAAAAAUGAGAGUUGUAAGUACUACUUCUUAAUUUUUUUUUUUUUAAUUUGUUACUCAAACUGAAUAUACAUAGGACUAAUUCUUAAAAUAUGCAUAGGAUGUUAUUGGUCUCAGUGGGAUUAUUAUAGUGAUUAAUAACAACAAAGUUAUUUACAUUCUUUAUGAAUAUCAAAUUAAUUAUUAAGUGCACUAGCACUUAUAGACUUUAUUAGAACAAGCAUAUUGCUUAAGUUUAAAAUUAUAGCAAUAGAUUAUAUUAUAUUUUGAUCAAUACCAAACUUUCCAUUCAAUCAAAAAAAAACCAUUGAAUAAUGAGAUAAUGUUGUGUGUGUUGUAAUAUGAUGGAUUUUUAUUUUGCUGUUUCUGCAAUCACUGGUCUAAUACUAUUAUUGGAAACAGCUUGUUCAAAGUAUAGUUAUAUAAAAUUUUUAAUAAUUAAGUAAUGCCUGAGCAAUGUUUCAUCAAAUUUUGUUUAGGAAUAUUAUAAACUAUAGACACAGAUUUAAAUCCUUAAUCCUUAAUAUGGAAUUAAACCACGAAUAGUAUAGUAAACAGUGAAAGUCCUUUUUACUAUUUACUAUAGUAGUAAAGAUAAAAAGUUACAGUGAGAGGACUUCUAGAGGAGAAGAGCAAAACUUAUAUAUCUGAUAUCCAGUAAAGUAGUAACUUAUUUGUACCUAUUUUAUAUUUCCAUUGGGUUUGCUUUAUGCUAGCCACUCACCAUCCAAUAAGUCCACGUGCCUGCAUGUUGCGAUUGGUUGUGAUUUGCAUGAUGUCUUGCACAGUGACCAACACACAAUCAGUUUUAUCGGAUGUCCUGCGGUUAGUGCUGCAGGCACGCGGAAUGAUUUGAUGGUGAGUGGCUAGCAUUAUAAUUAAGGUUGAUUUUAUGAAGUUUUAAUAUUGUUUACACAUAAAUAGAAUUCUGCAUGCCUGCAAGUAAGCAUCUAAUAAUACUUUGUGACCUUUUAAUCUUCAAGGGUUAUUUCAGACUAGCGUAUUAUGUGCGCGUAUACGGAUGUAUCAGCAUACGCGUUUAUACGCGCGCUGCAUUACGCGUUUCAAAAAACGGGACUAACGUGAACGGGCAUAUUUCGCUAUGUUCGCUCGAACUGGUGGUGUCGUGUCAGUAUCUCUAGGGCAAUGAUACUCAACCUUUUUCACCAAAGGGCCUUAUACACAUGUUAGUUAGUCAUGGUGUCGCGGGCCGCUAAAUAUAAAUAAAUUAUUUCUUGGAUUUUCACAAUUGGAAUGAUAAUAGUUUUUUUUUAAUUGUAUAUAAGUAAAUUAAGAGCUAAUAGUAGAUAUCGUCUCUGAAAUCAACUAUGCGCAAGUAAUAAGUUCAGUGCACAUUAAAAACAAAACGUGUGAGGCGUCAGGCGACUGUGGUGGGUAAAAGGCGUGCGGGGUUAGUUUUCAAAACGGUUUAAUUAAUACAAGAUGUCCUAGAUGGGCCAACAAAAGCCUGAGAGACCGCAGGUUGAGCAUAGCGGCUCUAGGAGGUGUCUUGCGGCUCGCGCUUAUACGAGCUUAGAAACUCGUCAACGCUCGUACGAGUCGAGCGUGUGCCAGAAGGCGCGCCUAUACGCGCUUCCAAAUACGAACUCAUACGCGCGUAUAAAAUGCUAGUCUGAAACCGCUCUAAACACGCAUUUUUAUAAAAAAAACAUUUAUUUGAAAAAAAAAAUAA